AUGAAUGGCUGUAACUUGACAGAGAGAAGCUGUGAAGCUCUGUCCUCAGUUCUCGCCUCCCAGUCCUCCAGUCUAAGAGAGCUGGACCUGAGUAACACCACCCUGCAGGAUUCAGGAAUGAAGCUUCUGUCUGAGGGACUGAAAAGUCCAAACUGUUUACUGGAAACUCUCAGGCUGAAUGGCUGUAACUUGACAGAGAGAAGCUGUGAAGCUCUGUCCUCAGUUUUGACCUCCCAGUGCUCCAGUCUAAGAGAGCUGGACCUGAGUAACACCACCCUGCAGGAUUCAGGAAUGAAGCUUCUGUCUGAGGGACUAAAAAGUCCAAACUGUUCACUGGAAGCUCUCAGAAUGAAGUCUGCUGAAGUUCGAUGGCUGAGACCAGGUCUGAGGAAGUAUUCCUGUGAACUCACACUUGACACAAACACAGUACAUGGAAAACUCAAACUGUCUGAUAACAACAGAAUGGUGACGUAUAUGUAUUCGGAUCAGUCAUAUCCUGAUCAUCCAGACAGAUUUGGCCACUGGCCUCAGCUGCUAUGUAGAAAUGGUCUGACUGGUCGUUGUUACUGGGAGGUCAAGUGGACAGGAGAUGUUCAUAUAUCAGUGAGUUACAAAGGAAUUGGAAGAAGAAGAGACACGGACUGUUUGUUUGGAAGGAAUGAUCAGUCCUGGAGUUUGCGAUGCUGUGAUGGUUAUUCCGUCUGGCACAAUGGGAAAGAAACAGUCAUUUACUCCUCCUACUCUAUCCCUGACAGAGUAGCGGUGUAUGUGGACUGUCCAGCUGGCACUCUGUCCUUCUUCAGAGUCUCAUCUGGCACUCUUAUCCAUCUUCACACCUUCAACACCACAUUCACUCAACCUCUUUAUGCUGGAUUUGGGUUUGGGUGGUCUGGUUGGUGCCUCAGUUUCUUUGGUCUCAUAGAGGAAUGA